CGAGGGGCGGGUGUCGUUGGCGAGCGACGGCGGUGACCCCAGUUGAACUGUGCUUUUGUUGCGCCAUUUUGGCUCAAGGUCUGACACGGCUCUGCUAGCUUAUCUGAUUUGGCCGGAAGCAGCCGCCAUCGUCAUUGGUUGAUCAGCGCGGCUGCAUUUGUGCGCCCUGUGACUGUGCGGUAAGCAGUCGGUACGGUUGGUGUCGUUCACCAUCAUUAUCAUCCACGAGUGUGUGGCCUCCCGCCCAAGCAAAUUGUGACAAGGCAUGAAGUCGGUAACAUGCACGGCCCCAGUGAAUAUUGCGGUGAUCAAGUAUUGGGGCAAGGCUGACGAGAAGCUAAUUAUCCCCCUCAACGACUCACUAAGUGUGACUCUCAACUCAGACGAGCUUCGAGCUAAGACCACCAUCACGCUGAGCGAAGACUUCACCAGAGACCAAAUCUGGCUCAAUGGCAAGGAAGAGUCGAUUGACAACCCACGCUUGCAGAGCUGUCUGGCCGAAAUCCGCAAGCGCGCGGAAGCCGAGCACAAGUCCCUGCCGAAAGGGUGCGUGCAGAUCGUGUCUGAGAACAACUUCCCGACCGCGGCCGGACUGGCCUCGUCAGCCGCCGGCUACGCGUGCCUCGUGUUUGCGCUGUCGAAGUUGUACGCCGUGAGCGGCGACAUCAGCGCCGUCGCGCGCCAGGGCUCGGGCUCGGCGUGCCGCAGCGUACUGGGCGGCUUCGUGCGCUGGGUGGCCGGCACCGAGCCGAGUGGCGCCGACUCGCGAGCUGUGCAGGUGGCGCCGGCCGCCCACUGGCCCGACCUGCGCUGCCUCAUCCUGGUCGUCAGCCAUGACCGCAAGAAGGUGGCCAGCACGUCAGGCAUGCAGCGCACGGUGCAGACGUCCGAUCUCAUGCGCGCGCGACUCGAGCACAGCGUGCCGGCGCGCCUGGCCGCCAUCACGGACGCCAUCCUACGGCGCGACUUCGCCGCCUUCGCCGAGCUCACCAUGCGCGACAGUAACCAGCUGCACGCCGUGUGCCAGGACACGUACCCGCCGGUGCGCUACAUGAACGACGUGUCGCACGCGCUGGUCGACACGGUGCACGAGUACAACGCGCGCCGCGGUGGCGUGCGCGCCUGCUACACGUUCGACGCCGGCCCUAACGCGUGCGUUUACCUGCCGGAGGCGGAGGUGGCGCCGUUCCUGGCCGUGGUGGCGGCCGUGUGUCCGCCGCCGGUGCUGGCCGACUGGGUAACCGGCCGGCCGGUGCAGCUGCCGCCGCUGCCCGAGGGCGAAGUGUGGGAGCAGCUCUUCCCCGGCGGCGUGCAGAGCGUCAUCCAUACGACGGUCGGCGACGGGCCGCGCCUGCUAGAGGCGGCCGAGUGAGGCGCCGACGGCGGUGGAGCAGGCGCCGGCGGCGGCGGAGUGGGGCACCCUCUGCCGCAGUGACCGAGCGGAUACCGCAGCGAGGCCGCGAGGGGCACCUGUUGGAGUGGUCGAGGAACCGCGGGAUCGGAUCCGUUCUGCGAUCCCCGCUGCGGGAGUGACCGGGUGACCCGCGGCAGAGCGCAGGCGCAGGCGCUGUCCGCCUUUUCCUCAGGCUCUUGUCUCUCUCUUUCUGGGGCACUCACCUGGAAGAAGGCCACGUGUGCCCCCAUCUGAUGACGUACAUGUCACGUCCGCGUACGGCACGAAAGUCAGGCGUACAAGAGGCGCGCGGCUCGGCGACCCCUCGCCGUCCGGGUGGCGGAUGUAGCGUCUGACACGGUAGCUGUGCGCAGUCUUCCGCCUGUCUGGGUUAGCGAUUUGACCCUGCUCCGGCGGGCGUCACGCCCAAUCCAACAUUUAUGAUGCACACCGCUCUUUGGGCGACACUUAAUACUCGGCUCAGUCAAGCUAUUUUCUGGUGUUGGUACGCCGGAUCGUUGUUAUUGUACAAGAUUUAUCAGGGUAAGUUUGGUGUGGUUUCACCGCCUUUGUGUUCCGUCAAGUCGCUGGACCGUAUCUGAAGAUAUUGCUGAGGAAGUGCGUUGUUGACACAUGCGAUGGGGCUCUUCCACUGUUUUUUAUGCAGCUCGCUAUGCACAAUCGUCCUCCCAAAUACACAUGCAUUGGCACUGU